AUGCCUAAGGCAUCUAUUGCUGAACUGGACACUUAUGACAAAAGCUACAAAAAAUUUGAUGCGUUUAUGAGUCAACUUUUCUUGUUGUUCUCCAGCAAGCCGUCGGUCUAUGCUAAUGACCAGAUGAAAAUUAUUAUGGCCCUUUCUUUUAUGAAAAAGGGGUUUGCCAGCACCUGGGCAACUAAUAUCACAAGGUGGUUGAGGGAAGGUGGCCUAACCUUCUCUGGUUGGGCAUCCUUUGAGAGGAAGUUGAAAGAGGUGUUUGAUGACCUGAAUAAGAAGCGGGCUGCACAGGACUAUGCUAAAAAGUAUGAUAGGAAUAAGAGAGCGAAUGAAAGAAGUGACGGAGAAGUGACGGGCAGAAGGAGGAUUGGAGAAGGAUGGGCUGGUCCAGGCUGGAUUAGAAUGGGAGGCUUACCGGGUAUGGGACAAGGCUCUGGAAAUCCAGGGACUGGGAUGGGGACAACUGGUACAAAUCCUAAUAUGGGGGGUCAAAUGGGCAUGGGCACUAAUAUAGGCGGCGGACAUACCUUUCCUGGUUGGGGCAAACCAAUGGACAUUGAUCGACAACAGGGAUGGGUAGGACUGCUCAAAUGCUACAAUUGUAAUUGUGGAGAGCUUGGGCAUAUUUCUCGCAACUGUUCUAAGCCACGGGGCUGGAAUGCUAUGAGGGUGGUCUUUGAAGGGUUAACCAAAGAACAGAAGGGAGAGGUAGCGGAGAUCUUUAACUUAUGA